AUGAAGCUCGAGAAGAAUAAAAUAGACCAAAAAUGCAGAUCAGGAAGCAUAAAAAUGACUCCAGAGCAUCAAGAAGACAUAUACACUCUAAGUUCUGUCAUAGAAGUGGGUGAUAUGGUGACGUCGGUGACAACACGUAAAAUCCAAAUUGAUGGAAAGACGCAGCAUAGAGUAACACUCACACUAAAAAUAAAAGUGGAAGCCAUAAAUGUGGACUUGGAAAGCUCUACCAUAUAUCUUAAGGGAAAGACCGUUCUAAUUAAUGAAUAUGUCAAGCUUGGGUCGUACCAUACGAUAGAUAUAACUCUUGGGCAGCCUUUUUCAUUGGAAAAAGACGAAUGGCAGGAGAUGUCUAUAAGAUUACUCAAAGAGGCUGCAAAGCCCCAGCUUGAAACAGCUUUUGUAGUGUUUUACGAAAAAGAAUGUGUUGUGUCUAUAGUAACCCGUAGUAAAAUUAGUAUAGUAUUAAAGCAGGAGAUGAAAAACAAGAAAUUUACCAAUGUCAUUAAGACAUUGGAGAAGUAUGCUGAUAAGAUAAGUCUAUUUGUGGUUGCAAGUGCAUUCGAGAUAAGAAACGAGUUUUACAAGGCUGUGGUGAACUCGAAGGAGUUAAAGAAGAUACAGAGCAGCUUCUGUGUGGUUAAGGUCCCUCCUGAAUGCAGAGGAUGCUCUAAUUCAAAGGUCAUCAAUACAAUACUCACAGACAAAGAUCUCUCCAAGACUUUUCAGGGAGUUCAGUAUAUUGACGAUCUAAGGGAGGUGGACAACUUUUUUGUCAAGUUCGCAAAAGGGUCUGACCUGGUCUGCAUCGGAAUGGAAAGUAUUAGGGAAGCAAUGGACUACGGAGCCCUAGACCGGCUCAUGAUCACCGAUGAAAAAAUGAGGCCUAAUGAUGUUGAGAAAAGAAGAGAGAUGGAAUUGUUCUGCCGAGAGAUCCAAGGGAUGAACUGCAAGAUAUCUAUUGUCCCUGUUGCACAUUUCUCUGGGGAGAAGCUGAAGGAGAUGGGAGGAAUUUGUGGGCUCCUGAAGUUUAGCUAUAGAUAA